AUGAGCGGCAAGCGGACACCCGGCACAACAACACACUCUAUGCUCGGCCACAGUGCUGAGAGCAGCCCCGAGGAGCUGCUGGACGUCUUCAAGGCGGCAGCGCUCUCGGUGACGAAACUGUACAAAACGUCGGCGGCCGUGCAGUCCAAGGCGCGGAUCGAGGGCUACCAAGACUGCCUGGAGGACCUGCUGGUGGUUCUGGACAAGGGCGACGUGGAUGUGCGGACAAUACGCCGAUGGAUCGUGGAGCGGCUGGACGGCCGCGAGCCGAUCCUGCCGACGAUCGAGAGCGAGGACGAGGUUGAGAAGACCGAGGGCUCCACGCCGGAACCACAGCCUGCCGGCGCCAACAGCGCCGACCGCCAAGUGCGAGAUCACGAUUCUACAACAAGCAACGCCAACAACGGCAGUAACAACAUGAACAGCAACGAUACGGCCAUGCAAACGGAGGCCGAGGCAGAGGCGGAGGCGGACAUGGAAACAGAGGCGGAGACGCCCUCGCCGUCCAAGAACUACCAGGUAGCAGCAUCAUCUCCGAUGGCCGCGCCUGUGUCGACGAAGAAGAGCAAGAUCAAAGCGCGAGGCGCCACGACGACGUCUGCGUCUUCCUCAGCAUCGACAUCGACCGCUGCCGACACAGGCGCGGACGCCGACGUUUCGAACUCCAACUCAGACCACUUUACUUUCCGCUCAACGGUGCCGUAUCCCACCAACGAGUCAUACCUGGAGCUUGCCAACCUCGAUCUGUCGGACCGGCGAUCAGCGUCCGGUUCUGUCAAAGACGCGUCCGAGCCACCGUCCGCCACAGCAACGACAGGAUCGACAUAUGUGUUCAACGCGCCGCCCAACACUCCACAAGCCGACGGCACAUCGUCCAGCCCGUCGCACACAGCAGGCUCGCGACAGUUUCGCGUACGGCACGCGGCGGGCCGACCAAACGGCCGCAGUGCUCUGACGGCACGCUACAACCGAAGCUCCGCCGGUCAAAAGCGCAAGCUCAACUUUGACGAGAUUUUUGACUUGGCGAGCCUAGGCUAUGGCAAAGACGUGUUUGGGCGCGGUGGCGGCAAGCGGUCUCGGCAAGCAUAG